AUGCCCACAAAAGAGAAAAAACCGACGGAAACCGAAGGAGAGGAGAAGGAGCCAACGGCGAAAGGAAAGAGUAAGAGGGAUUCAAAAACGAGACAGAAGAUCUCCGAGGAGAAGACAGAAAGCACUGAGACACCUACAGAGAAGAGAAAAAAGAGCAAAUCUGUGAAAGAGAAAAAGAAAAAGAAGAAAAAUGAAGAUGUGGAUUAUGCUGAGGUCUACCAGGAAGAGCUGCUGAGCUAUCACACGGAGGAAUCGGAUGAUCAAGAAGAUGAAUUCAACAAAAAGAAAGUGUACGAGGCGGUGACUGUCACAGGUGAUGUUAAAGGCGCUGGGACUGAUGCUAAUGUGUUCAUCACCUUGUAUGGAGAGUUUGGAGUGACUCCCAAAGUUCACCUGGCCAGCAAGAGCAGAACAGCCUUUGAAAAGAACAAGACUGACGUCUUUCGGAUCAAAACACACAAUGUUGGGCCAAUAAAGAAAAUUAGAAUCGAGCAUGAUAACACGGGCAUGAGUGCCAGUUGGUUCCUGGACCGGGUUAUUGUGACUGACAUGAACAGGCCACACCUCCGAUUCUUUUAUGCCUGCAACAAUAGGCUGAGCAGAGAUGAGGGGGACGGACUUACUGUCCGAUAUCUGUUGGGUAGCCUGAACCCCAUGGACAUUCCAAAACAGAACAAGUACAUAGCCAGUGUCUUCACAAUGGAUGCUAAAGGCAGUGGGACCGACGCUGAUGUCUACCUCAAUAUUUUUGGAGAGUUUGGGGAUACAGGAGAACGGAAGCUGGUCAGCGAUGGAAAGGACAAUUUUGAGCGCGGUAAUGAAGACAAAUUCACCAUCGAAGCACCAAAUCUUGGCAGACUUCGAAAAAUCACCAUCGGACAUAACAACAAGGGGUCGUCUGCUGGCUGGGCGUGUGAUAAAGUUGUAGUAGAUGACAUGGGGAAUAAGGAGGUUUAUGAGUUUCCUGUCAAUGCCUGGUUUGACAUCUCAGAAGGGGACGGCAAAAUACAAAGAGAUGUGCUUGCCGGAGCCACGCAGCCAAUGGCGAUUGUGUAUAACGUACAGGUGAUGACGGGUGAUAUUCGUGGAGCCGGAACUAACUCUAAGAUCCACUUCGUCAUGCACGGGCGUAAGGGUAUUAAGAACAGUGGUAAGUUGUUCCUGGAGGGCGGCACGUUUGAGCGUGCUCAGAUCGACAUCUUUAACGUCGAGCUGCUGGAGCUGCUCAGCCCGCUCAGCAGAGUCACGAUCGGACACGACAACGCUGGAAUCAGCUGCGGCUGGUAUUGCGAAAAGGUGACGGUAUACUGCCCGUUCACAGGUUUAGAGCAGGUAUUUCCCUGCGGCAGGUGGUUGGAUGAAGAUGAUGGUGAUGGACUGGUGGAGCGAGAACUGUAUGAGAUGGUCUCACUCAGACAGAAAAAGCAAAAGAAAUUCCCCUGGUCUCUCAAGUUUAUUAAAUAUCGUGUGACGAUUUGCACGGGAAACAUCAGUGGAAGUGGGACAGAUGCCAGUGUUUAUUCAAACAUCAUUGGUGACUUGGGAGACACUGGAGAGCGUCUGAUGUUCAUGAGCCAAAACAACGCUAACAAGUUUGAGAAAGGAAACCAUGAUGAGUUCCUGGUAGAGGCGGUCACACUGGGACAGAUCAAGAGGGUUCGGAUUGGUCAUGACGGACGAGGCGGAGGAUGUGGUUGGUUCCUGGAUAAGGUGAUGAUCAGAGAGGAGGGGCAACCUGAGGCGUCAUCCAUCGAGUUCCCAUGUUACAGGUGGCUGGAUCGUAAUGAAGACGACGGGCAGAUUUUGAGAGAGUUAGUCCCUACUGAUGAUGGUCAACGUUUGUUCACUGUUGAUUAUCACAUUGCUAUAAAGACAGGCAGUAUUAAUGGUGCCAGCUCAGAUUCGAAGGUGUUCGUAAAGCUGUACGGAGAGAAAAACGACACCAACAAGAUGCUGCUGGUCGUCUCCGAUAACGACCUGGGGAACUAUUUUGAGACAGGACAGACGGACAUCUUCACCAUAGAGACCUUUGACAUUGGCAAGAUAAACAGGUUGCUGAUUGGCCACACUAACGAGGGUCUGCAAGCCGGUUGGUACCUGGACAGCGUUCAGAUCUGGGUGCCGGUGCACGGGGUGCAGUACAUGUUCCCCAUUCACCGCUGGCUCUGUAAGGACGAGGCUGAUGGGAAGGUGGAGGUGGAAAUCUAUCCAAGUGAGAUGCUGGAGAUUGAGAAAUUGAUCAAUUAUGAAGUUACCGUGGUGACAGGAGACGUGUGGACCGGAGGGACAGAUGCGAACGUCUUCCUGCAGAUUUACGGUGAGGAGGGAAAAACCGAACUAAUACAGCUGAAGAGCCGAUCCAACAACUUUGAGAGAGGAACCACUGAGAUCUUUAGGAUCGAGGGCCUAGAUGUGGGACGGGUCUAUAAGAUCCGAAUCGGCCAUGACAGCUCGGGAAUAGGGGCUGGAUGGUUCUUGGAGAAAGUGGACGUUAAACGGCUGGUCAUGGCAAUGGUGAAACCAGAGAAGAAAGAGGAGGACAAGAAAGACAAAAAGAAGAAAAAGAAGAAAAAGGAGGAAGAAGAAUCCCCAGGUGAACUGAAGGAGAUUGUUCGAACUUUCAGUUUCCCAUGUGGCCGAUGGCUCGCUCGUGAUGAAGAGGAUGGAGAGAUACUCGUGGAGCUGCGUGCUGAGGAUUAUGAAGAUCUGGAGGAGAAUUCAUACGAGGUUCAUGUGUUCACUGGGGAUAUGCUGGGGGCCGGAACCGAUGCAAGUGUUUACAUCAACAUCUAUGGAGAAAUGGGCGACACGGGCGAGAGAAAACUACGCAAGUCAAACCACCUUAACAAGUUUGAGCGCGGACAGGAGGAUGUGUUCACGAUCACUGGGAUGGAUCUGGGGCCCUUGAAGAAACUGAGGAUGCGUCAUGACAACAAGCAGGCGAAUGUUGCAUGGUAUCUGGACCGCGUCGAGAUCUUUGAUGUGAAAGAUGAAACCAUGUAUUUUUUCCCCUGUCAGCGCUGGUUGGCGGUUGAUGAAGAUGACGGGCAGCUGGGCCGUGAAUUAGUGCCAGUAGACGAGGCUUUCAUGAAGAGAGAUGGAGAUGAAGAAGAGGAGUCCUCGCCUGCUCAACUCGGACUAGAGCAAAAAGCCAUGUCAACCACAUUCACAAUGAGAGUAAAAACAGGGGAGAAGAAGAGCGCCGGGACAGAUGCAAACGUUUAUGCUAUUCUUUACGGAACCAAAGACGACACUGGUAUCAUUAAUCUAAAGGCGUUUAAGAACCAUUGGAACAAGUAUGAGUUUGGACUGAUUGAUGAGUUCACCAUUGAGGCAGUGGACAUCGGAAAACUCAAGAGAAUCCGCAUCGGCCACGACAACGCAGGUGUGUCUCCAGGCUGGUUUUUGGACUGGGUAGAGAUCGAUGCUCCGUCUCUGGGUCAGCUGCUGCUCUUUCCAUGUGGCCGUUGGCUGGAUAAAGGAAAAGACGAUGGUGCCAUUGUCAGAGACCUGUACCCUAAUGAACUGCAGACAGUACUAUACACACCCUUUGUUCCCUAUGAGAUUAAAAUCUUCACCAGUGAUAUAUUUGCUGCGGGAACGGACGCAGACGUCUUCAUCGUUCUGUACGGGCAGAACGGAGUGUGUACAUCUCAGAAGUCUCUCUGCGUCAACAAGAGAGAGAGGAGGAUGUACUUUGAACGAGGGGCGGAGGACAUGUUCAUUGUAGAGUUGGAGGACAUUGGCGAUAUCAUUGAGAAAAUCCGUAUCGGUCACGAUAAUCGAGGGGUGAACCCUGGCUGGCAUUUAGACCGUGUGGAAACUCGCCGACUUCUCCGGAAAGGGAAGGGCUCUGAGACUGCAAUAUUCCCGUUUGAGGGAUGGUUGGCUCGCUCGGAGGAGGACGGUGAGACGAUUCGAGAGCUAGUACCGUCUGACAUCAUCGUAGAGAAACUUUCACGAGACGGAACCCUCAAAGCCAUUGAGACAGAGGUGGAUGACGCACUGGAGAUUCACACAUAUACAGUGACGGUGACCACGGGGGAUGUGUAUGGAGCGGGAACCGAUGCCAACGUGUUCAUCACUCUUUACGGAGACAUGGGCGACACUGGAGAACGCAAACUCAGCAAGUCUGAGAACAGCAAUAAGUUUGAGAGAGGAUCGGUGGACACAUUCACCCUGGAGGCUGUGGAUCUGGGCCAGGUGUUCAAGAUCCGCGUUCGCCAUGACAACAGGAUGCUGAGUGCUGAUUGGUACCUGGAACAGGUGGAAGUGGUGGACCAAGAUACGGAGGAAGUGUUUCUGUUUUUGUGCGAGCGAUGGCUUUCGAGAAAGAAGGAGGACAAACGGAUCGACAGGGUGUUCUACGUUAAGGGGUAUGAGGGAGAGCGAGAGACUGCCUUCUGUCCAAUUAAAAAAGUGACAAAUCUGGACAGCAACAUGAACAAGAAAAACAAGAAACGGCAUUCAGAGGAAGAAGAAGACGAGGAAGGAUCAUUGAUUCCCUACCACUUCUCGGUGGCGACGGGUUGGGAUUGGGAUGCUGGGACGAGUAGCCGAGUGUAUGUCAUCAUCAUAGGAAAGAAGAACAAAAAGACAGAUCGCCUCUGGCUCGACUUGGAUGGGAAAAACGGAUUCCUGCCUGGAUCCUUGGAUUACUUCAUCUGUUACGGAACUGAUGUUGGGGACAUCAAGAAAGUGGAAAUGAUCUAUGAGGUAACAGUGAUAACAGGAGAUGUCCAGCACGCAGGUACAGACACACAGAUCUACAUGACUGUGUUUGGAGUCUACGGCACGUCAGAGGAAAUGCUGCUGCCAAAAUUAGAGGACAGAUUUGAACGAGGGCAGAAGGACACAUUCAAUCUGGAGAUUGAGGAUAUCGCUCCUUUGAGAAAGAUGAGAGUGCGUAUAGAUGGUUCUGGAAGCAGACCCGACUGGUUCCUGGAUAUGAUUGAACUGCAUAACCUGCAGACGGACGAAGUGGCGUUAUUUAUGUACGAGGAAUGGCUGUCUCGCUCAUACGGGCCCAAGCGAACGCUCCUCUGCGAGAUGCCUGCAGUAAUAAAUGACGAGGAAAUGGUGGAGUUCACCACCUACACCGUUUCUGUGAAGACCAGCGAUAUAUCUGCGGCUGGAACCGAUGCUAAUGUGUGGAUGAUUAUUUUCGGAGAGAACGGUGACACUGGAACGCUGACUCUGAAAGAAAGCAACAACACCAACAAGUUUGAGCGCAAACAGACAGACACGUUCCGUUUCCCUGACAUCCUCAGCUUGGGCGAGCUCUCGAAAGUGCGCAUUUGGCACGACAACUCAGGUCUGGCUGCCGGUUGGCACCUGGAGUAUGUAGACGUGCAUGAUGACAUCUUGGGGAAGAAGUUUCGUUUCCAGUGUGACCGCUGGCUCGCCAAGAACGAGGAUGAUGGACAGAUAAUGAGAGAGCUGGCGUGUGCCAACAGCGAUGCAGUGGAUUUUGAUGAUAAAACCAAAUAUGAAAUCUUGGUCACGACAGCAGAUAUGGAUGAUGCUGAAACCAAAGAGAACGCCUGGAUCGUUCUAGAAGGGAAGAAAGGACGUUCCAAAGAGUUUGUGUUGGAGAACUCGACUAAAAAGAAGCGUUUUUUGCGAGGCGCUAAGGACCGCUUUGAGUUCUCCUCCAAGGAGCUGGGAGACAUCGCUAGUAUCUGUCUGGGACACAUCCCUAAAGAUGGCAAGAAAGUCAAAGUGGAAGCCUCCUGGUUUGUGGAGGAGGUUGUUGUCACGGAGAAGGAGCUGGGCAAUAAGUAUAUCUUCCGUUGUGACGCCGCCAUCCCUCUUUCCUCAAAACGGGAUGAGUUCCAAACUUUCGAGUGCAGCAAGUUCAUCGAGAGCUUCACCAGCAAGGCCCAAAGCCUCGUACCUGUAAAAUACGAGCUCAUCGUUAUCACGGGCGACGAGAAGGGCGCAGGCACAGACGCCAACGUCUUCAUCACCAUCUUCGGCUCCAACGGCGACUCCGGCCAGAGGCAGCUUACCAAGAAGUUCCAGAACCUGUUUGAGCGCGGCCAGACGAACCGGUUUAUUCUGGAACUGCUGGGCCUGGGCGAUCUGCUCCGCAUACACGUGGAACACGAUAACUCUGGACUCAGUCCCGGAUGGCUUCUGAGCAGGAUCGAGAUUACAAACACGACCAACGCUGUGACCACAAUCUUCAUUUGUGGGAAAUGGCUGGACAAAAACAAAGCGGACGGGAGGAUAAAGCGCGUGAUCUAUCCAAAGUAUUGACAUUUAGUCAACCAGUCAAUGGUCCAGUCAGUAUUACUAAUGAAUAUUCAUUACACGACAUGGUCAUAUCAACGAUCCUUUGAUUGUUUACACACUAAUGUCGUACCACACCUGUAUGACUUUGUGAAACACAAAAGAAGAUCUCAGUGUUUUUUGUCUAUACUGUUGACAGCCAAUGGGAUCCGAUGUUGUUUGGACCAAAACAAUAUCUUCUUUUGUGUUCAACAAUAGAAAGAAAGCCAUACAGGUUUGGAUGUCCAUUUUUGGGUGAAUUAUCCCUUUAUAGAUGAGGUAACCUCUUUGAUGUUUUCCAGCCACAGCUAUAAGUAAAUCAUGACUAAGCUGAUGGUUGUAAGCUAUACCUGCGUUUCAUUCAGAUCAGAAAGUCUUAUUCCUAUUUCGAAAGAAUACCAACUUAAAGUCUGAAUUAUUGUAUUUUUGCCAUUCGUUUGGUCCCUAAUGGAUUAGAAAUUACAUACUUCACCAUUAAAUUGUAAUGAAAUUUCAUUAAGAGAUCCCUUAAUGUUGUUGCUAAGAAAACUCAUAAUUAUACAUGGAAAAAAGUUUAGUCACAUACAUUUGAGAAAUUUCACAGGG